AUGUCAGCUACUAUGGAUAACUAUCAGAAAAUUGAGAAAAUCGGUGAAGGCACGUACGGUGUGGUCUACAAAGCCCGCGAACUCAAUCACCCCAACCGUAUCGUCGCCUUGAAGAAGAUCCGCCUCGAAGCCGAAGAUGAGGGUGUUCCCAGCACCGCCAUUCGCGAGAUCUCACUCCUCAAAGAAAUGCAAGACCCCAACAUUGUUCAGCUGCUGAACAUUGUUCACGCCGAUGGUCACAAGCUAUACCUUGUCUUUGAGUACCUUGACUGCGAUCUUAAGAAAUAUAUGGAGGCUUUGCCUGUCAGUGAGGGUGGACGAGGCAAGCCCUUGCCUGAUGGCUUCAAGUCCGGUGCAACCCUGGGCCUGGGCGACAAAAUGGUCAAGAAAUUCAUGGCUCAGCUCGUUGAGGGUAUCCGCUACUGUCAUAGCCACCGAAUUUUGCACCGUGAUCUAAAACCCCAAAAUCUGUUGAUUGACCGUGAGGGCAACCUCAAAUUGGCCGAUUUCGGUCUGGCCAGAGCGUUCGGUGUUCCUCUUCGCACCUACACCCACGAGGUUGUUACACUUUGGUACCGAUCCCCGGAAAUCCUGCUGGGUGGACGCCAGUACUCUACCGGCGUUGAUAUGUGGUCUGUGGGUGCUAUUUUCGCAGAGAUGUGUACACGAAAGCCACUUUUCCCCGGCGACUCUGAAAUUGAUGAGAUUUUCAAGAUCUUCCGCAUCCUCGGCACCCCCGGAGAAGACACCUGGCCCGGCGUUACCUCGUUCCCCGAUUACAAAGCCACUUUCCCCAAGUGGAAGCGCCCCCACGGUGAGAUUGUUCCUGGACUAGAAGAGGCCGGAUGUGCACUUUUAGAGGCUCUGCUAGAAUAUGACCCUGCGCACCGACUCUCAGCCAAGCAAGCCUGUCUCCACCCUUACUUCCGCAACGGCACUGCAUACUACGCUGACCGUGGAAGCAAUGGCCACCACUAA